CACUGUCUUCUAUGCCUCACAAAGUUUCUAGAAUUUCCAGGUUGCAGAGGUGUCUGUAUUUGCUGCAGCCCUUUGCUCCCUCUUUAAGGCCUCUACUGGGUACAUUCUGGGGACACUUUGCAUCUAUUCAACCCACCAGCGUUAUGGAGGUCAAAGAUCAAUGUGAAGCUCUUCAGACUAUCCCAAUAAAAUGUGCAGCAGAACCAUGCCUCACCAUCUCUACAACCCUUGAACACCUUCCAAAUCAUGGGGAUCUUUUCUGCCUUCAUUUCAAGGACAACUGCCUGAGCUGUAAAAAAGCGCCAUAUCCUCAACUGGGUCUUCACUCAGAGGUCUUAAGGAGAAAAAGCUCUGGAUAUUGAAAACACGACGUAAUUUCUGCAAGGAGAUAAUUUGAAGCCAGACAGGAAUGAAAGCUCUACCUACAAGCCCAUGCUGAAAGGAGAUUGCUGCACUUGGACUUGCAUCCUGGAAUAGAGUCUCAUUCUGCAGGCACCUUGUCUAGAGGGUGAGACUGAGAUGCCGGCAGUCCUCCUGCACCUGUUCAACUCUAUGACUCUUAAGAGUGUUACUGAUGAAUAUUAAUUAAGCAUGCUUCAUGUAAAUCAUUCCCAGUCACUAAAGGCUGAAAGUCACAAAUCCGUGUACAUGUCAAAUGAAAAACUCCUGUUAGCAUAUUUGACAACUGGAAAAUUGUUGGGGCCAACAUCUUUUGGAAAUUGCUAAAAUGAGAGAGUAUUUUUACAAGAAAUGUGUGUGGGAACCA